CGCUGUAAUAAAAUACAAACAUAAUUUACAUGGUGGGAUUUAUGUGAGUGAAAGACCUUUUGAAGUGUGUGUGUGUGUGUGUGUGGUUUGAAGUUGGAAACUGAAGCAAGUAAUAUUGGUUGGCUACAAGCCAGCUACUUCAUCUUUUGAUUGGGAUGAUGAAAAUGGAAAUCUCGGAGGAUUUUUCGGGGUCUAACGAUCAGGUGAUCGUUAAAGGGAAGCGCACAAAGCGGCCAAGGCCGUCGUCCUCCACCUCCUCAAGCAUCGCCGGCGGCGGCGAGUUUUACAAUAAUAAUAAUAAUUCAGUAUUGAUGGUUUCAUCUCCGGCGACCACAUCGAGUGCGAUGAGUACAGAAGAAGACGAGGAUAUGGCCAACUGUUUGAUUCUCCUCGCACGUGGGACGACUUCACCUCCACAACUAGUCUACGAAGAAACCAAGGCUGCGCCGGCGGCGGCGGAGGAGAAGAAAUUCAGAAGCCGGAAAUUCACUGAAAUGGCCGCCGCGGCGGCGACCGGGAAAGUAGGCGGCAGCUACGUUUACGAGUGCAAGACUUGUAACAGAACUUUCCCGUCGUUUCAGGCGUUGGGCGGCCACAGGGCGAGUCACAAGAGGCCGAAGCCCACCGCGGAUUACGAUCAGAAAAAGUCACCCCCGGCGGCGCCGCCGCCGGAUGUGGAAGAAGAUGGGCAGUUCAUCACCGGAGCACAUAAUACUACUUUAAUUACUCCUCCGCCACCUUCAACAACAACAACAACACAGUUGCUACCGCCCAACAACAAAAGUUUCCACCAUGAUUAUAACCAUCACAACAAGCCUAAAAUUCACGAGUGCUCAAUUUGUGGUUCGGAGUUUGCUUCAGGGCAAGCAUUGGGCGGCCACAUGCGAAGGCACAGGCCGGCGGCACCUAGUAAUACUAACACCACCACCAGAACCGGCGGCGCGAGUACCGAAACCGAUUCUUCGUCGCCCAAAAAUAUGCUGGCGUUGGAUCUCAAUCUUCCGGCACCGCCGGAAGAUGACAAAUUCCAUCAGUUUCCGACCAAACAGCAGAACCGCCUCGUCUUCUCCACGGCGGCGAUGGUGGUGGAUUGCCACUAUUAGAAUAAUAGGCCGAAAAGUCAAUGUGAAUAAUUAUUUUUUUUAAUUACCACUACUUUUGGUUUUUUCUUUUCAAUUUUUUUUUACACUUAUAAAUUUACAAAAAUACCAUUAAUGUUGAUUAAUUAUUUAUUGCUAUUGCUAAAUUGUUAUUGAUUCUUUGAUU